AUGGCGGAGAUGCAGAGCGAGUUCGACCUGCAUCAACUUCUGGUUCCAACGCCUACACGCGAGUUCCAUGUUAGUCGCGACUCCGGCUCUGCCUCCUCGGGACCAAACAGCGAUGCGGGCUCCUUCGUCAUCCCCGAGGCCCUGUCGAGGAGCAACUCGAUCUACUCCUUCUCUCGAGCGCCAUUCAGUACACAAAUCGCAAACCUCUCGUCUAUGAACUUGCCCUCUGCCGAAACCCUCGCAGCAAGCAUCAAGUCGCUGUCGUCUGCUAGGAAGGCCGUCAAGACACUCAAUGCUGCUGCUGAGCAAAUACAAGUGUGGACGAAGAAGGCGCUCAAGGUUCUUGAGAACCUCGAUGCCGACGAAGAUGUGGAAUGGGCUGCGGCGGCCGGACGCGAUGGUCUGACCGAGACAGAGAAGACCAUCACCAAGUUCUCCGACCUGGUCAACGUCUACAUACUCUCUAUCGAAGAGCUGCAGACGCGGAAAGACAUCGCCGACAUAAAGGCCGAUGAACUACAGUCUGUGGUGGAAACAAUGGAACACGUUCUGGACGGCUGGGAGCGCGUGCGCAAGACAGUCAAGAAGGUCAAGAAGCAGGUCGAGCUCGCUAUGGAGUGGGAAGAAUUGUGGUCGACAGUACUGGCAGAAGUUGGUGCUGAGCUCGAUGCGUUGAGUCAACUGGUGUUUUUGAUGGAAGAAAAGCGACACACAGCACACAAGACCGACCCUCAGACAGACCACCAGCAGAACGUCGACAUCAACGAGCUUGAGAACUUGGUCGAUGAGCCCAAGGGUAAACAGUCCUCGAACGGCGCUUUCAACUUGGGACAUACCCUCGAAGGCUCACCGCUAGCAUCCCCGAUCAUCGAGCAGGGCCAGGACGACUCGAUGCUGUUGUCACUGUUUGCGAGAAUGCAGCCGCUCAGAGCCUCCUUGGAUUUCUUGCCUAUGCGGACUGCGCAGUUCCAGACCAGAGCAGAGAAAAUCUUCCCCAAUGCUUGCAAAGAGCUAGAUGAAAAGAAGGAGCGGUUGGAGAAGAACUGGGUAGAUUUGCAGAAAGAGGCAGACAAUCUUCGCAAGGAGCUCAGCGAAGAUCGCUGGGUCAUCGUCUUUCGCAAUGCCGCUCGACAAGCACAGAAGAUGUGCGAGUCUGUUGAACGAAGUGUUGUCAAAGUUCAGGAAGCUGUAGGAGAAGGCUUCCAGCGGACCAACCCAGCAGCACUCGCGAAACGCGUUGAAAGCUUUGAGGCGAAGAAGAUGCACUACAUCCCAGCCAUCGAGAGAGUUCUGGGUAUCAUUCAGAAGGGCCUCAAGGACCGCUUGACAGUGAAUGGCGAAAUCCUUCGUCUGCACAAAGAUCUGUCCUCGAGGAUGAGGGAGCUCACCGAUGCGAUGGAAGACCUCGGUCAACUCCUUGAACCAGUCACCUCGAAGCAUAAUUCUCACCUCAGAGAAAGCAUCUCCAGCAUAGUAUCUGCAGAUCGGUCAUUCUCGAGUGUCACCAUGGCAGGCACGCCAGGCACAUCUCCCGCAUCAUCAAUAGACUUCGCCAGCCAUACUUCCGGCAAGCAGACUCCUCGAUACGGACUCAACGGGUACAGCAAGCCUAGAGCAGUCUCCUCAACGAGACCGCCGCCAUUAAGCAAUCGAAGAUCAUCACUACUUCCACAGGGCAGAAGACCAACGACCCCAUCAUCCGCACACUCAUCAGUCGCCCAAUACCAACGGCGAGGCGUUUCCCCGGCGCCUGGACCGCCAUCGAUCUACAAACAAGGUCUGUACAUACCCCCCAAGAAUGCGCCCCAACGACCGGAUCCGACACCUCUUGUGGGUAAGCCUCGAUGGAGCUCAACCGUGAAGAUGAAUGAGACGACGGGAACUACGAUUGCACCAACAUACCGAUCGGUCACCAGCCCGAGUCCAUAUCGAAAAGCGUACACACCACGGUCAAUAUCGUCAGCCACAGCUCUCCCACUGCGGAGUCCACUUGGGCGAGAGUCUUCGUCGUCACCAGUACCGAUCACAGCACGAAGAGACCCGCAGUAUAUGUCAUUCGCAGAGCGUGUAGGCUCUCCUACCAACGGAUUACCUGGCGGCUUGCUCGAUCCACCACCAUAUGCGCGCAGCAGAAGUGUAUCUACCCAUAACCCAGGCACGAUCCGCUCUCCAUCGGCUAUGGCGAUGACAGGCGGACGUAAACUAUCGGCGAGCCAUAUCCCAACACCACGAUCACCCUCUGCACUCAGUCGAAGUCCGCGACAGUCGCUAGUACCGCGAAUGAGUUCUAUUAAUGCUCGCCUGGAGCUGGAUGAGCCGUCACUUCCGGAGCUCGAAGUUGAGCAAGAAAACAGAAGCGACAUACUCGACGAGGAACAGGAUCAGCUUAUUUCGGAGCCGGGAAGCAGUCCGCUGUCGCGGAGGACUAUCACGAGACCGGGAAGUGUGCUGUCUAGUGGACGUGGAAAGCGCAUGAGUAUGCUUCCUUUGCCUGUUGGUGGUCGGACUAGCAGUCUUGGAAACCGACCGUAA